UUUUUUUAAUACUUGGGGAUUUAACGGCAGUUCUGCUGCCAAGUCACUGUAUUUUUGAGUACUGUAUUAAUCGUUUUCUGACAUGGUUACUGGUAAUGUUGACGUUACGUAUUUGAACAACUUAUCAGUUCGGGAUGUACGAAAAAGACUAUAGUUUCUAAGUCUUCCAAAGAAUAAUAGUUUUGUCGUACGUUUUGAGCUUUUAUUGUUUUAUAUUCCCAUUUUUCCUUCCAUUUUCAGACCUCUUUUCGUUUUCUAUUCUUCAUUAUUGAGCGAUGUGAUUUCUUGAUGACGAUGUGUAUUAUUUGUACUUAUCGGUACUCGAGGAAGUGAACGACAGGUUACAAUGUACACUWAUUUCACUGCAAAUAGUACAACUACAGCUUGUCGUCGUAUUUCAGUAGCCUUGCCAGUUCUACAAGACAACCAAACAUGAGAUUCCUCCAAAAUUAUAUCCCAUAUCUUCAUUAUCUAUUUUAUGGAGGUUUUUGCAUUUUGGUUAUUGCUGAUUUUUACCCAACAACCAUAAAAGAUCGYAUUGUUGUGAAAAGAGUUUAUCAAAGUGUUGAAACCCAAGACUGGAUGCAAUGUCUUGUUUUAUGUCAUUCUGAUGUCGACUGUUCUUCUUACAACUUCAAACUCGACGAAAACGAAGCGGAAAACAGUUGUGAGUUGAGUARAUGUGGCUUCGGUGAAAGACAGGCGACUUUGAUUUCAAGGCAAGGAUUCGUAUUCCAGCAAUUGAGACCAGUAAAGGAUGGUCACUUAUGCGAAAUUCAAAGGAAACAGAUUAUCGACCCAACUCAAAAACCCACGAUUGCUGCASGUCUYAAGGCAUCUGUGAUCCUUCAAAGUCGGCAUGAUUCAGCCAAGUACAUAACUGCCCUCCAAGACUACCUCAACUUCACCAAUCACACUUGGAAAAGAUGCUUUCACUCAGGAGAACCAGGUCUCAACCAAACAGCUUUUCAUCAGCUUUGUGAUUCUAAAGGCCCAACAGURACUAUUGUACGAGUUGAUGAAUACAUAUUUGGUGGAUAUAUUGACAAAUCCUGGAAGGCAUCCAAGCCCUGUAUUGCUGUCAUGACUAGCCGUGCAUUUAUAUUUUCUCUGUUCAACGAAUAUGGUUUCAAACCUUACAAGUUUAAAGUCAAGACUGGUAGUAAUAAAUAUGUGGCAGCUUACMACUGUGCAAACCAGGGACCAUCGUUUGGCUAUGGCUACGAUUUGGUUCUGUACGGUGGGACUUCCAUCGGGUCAUAUGCCAGAUGUCAUUCAUACGAAAAACCGCCAAACUGUUCCUGUAACGUCAAUGUCACCUGUACCUUUUAUACAGGGAAAAGGUCUUUUAUUCCAAGCGACGUCGAGGUCUUUUACCAAGUUUAAUAAGCUUUUGCUAUCACAAAUUUAAAAAAUGAGAUUGUGAUCAGUUUUUUCGAUCAGUUUUGAAUAGAAGCUCGUAGUGAUGAAGCCGCGGUCUGGUCAUCAAAAGUCGGUGCCUGCUAAACGGAGAUUACAACCUUYAGUAGAAUAAUGAUCCUUUGACUGUUCUAUGGUGGUUAACCAUUCAAAAGGUCUUCUUCAUGAAUCUUGAAAAUCAACAGAUUAAUCACAAGUCAAGACUUAAGUGAUUUUUGUGAGUAGGAAACUCAUCUGACAAUGUCAGUCGCACUCAGCGCAAUUCCCGCACUUUGUCUMUGAUUGUCUAUCACGUGUAUAUUAUAUUACUUAAUAAUACAAGAGUUUUGUUUGUGCACUCAAUAAAUGUUUUUCAUUUAACCWAGAAA